AUGAAGCUGGGUGUGCCUGAACCACCGCGGGAUCAGAACGGACAGCCAGUGAAUGUCAACGACUGGGAUGGUCCACAGGAUCCAGGGAACCCUUUGAACUGGAGCCUUUUGAGUCGCAUAUACCAUGUAACAUGUCCAGCGCUAUUUGGAUUUGCCGUUACAUUCGGUACUUCUGUCUACUCUCCCGCAGUAUUUGACAUCAUGAAGGAUUUCGACGUUUCGAGGACGGCGGCACUGACUGGCCUUACUGUCUAUACCCUUGGCCUCGGAUUUGGCCCUGUCUUAUCAGCACCCAUCUCCGAGUUGCACGGAAGAAAAAUCGUGUACCUCAUUUCUUCGCCAAUAUGCAUGCUGUUCACACUAGGCGCUGGGUUUUCCAAAAGCUUCGCGUCGUUCAUUGUGUGUCGAUUCUUUGCUGGAUUGACUGGAAGUCCAGCAUUGGCAGUUGGUGCUGGAUCAAGCGUAGAUGUGGUCGCACCCCAACACAGAGCAGUGGCUUCUUCAUUCUUUAUCAUGGCCCCAUUCUUUGGACCAUCAAUUGGCCCGAUUGUCGGUGGUUUCGUCGCGCAGUACAAAAGUUGGAGAUGGACACAGUGGUGCAUAAUCUUCAUCACUUUGGCAGUCUAUCUGAUGUCACUUCCAAUGAAAGAGACAUACAAGCCUAUCAUUCUGAAGAGAAGGGCAAGGAAGCAGGGUAUCGUGGUACCUAAAACUGCGACUAACGAAAUUGCGGUCAUAUGGUCGAUUCUGCUUCAGAAUCUGGUAAAGCCGAUGAGGAUGCUGUUGAUCGAGCCUGUUGUACUCUUUUUCUCACUGUACACCGCUUUCGCCUUCGGCAUCCUUUUCCUCCUCUUCGCAGCCAUUCCGUACACAUUUCAAAGGCCGCCGUACAACUUUACCACAUCCCAGAGUGGAUUGGUGUUUAUAGCUGUGGGAGUUGGUGUCGUACUGGCGUCCGUCACGAACCUUUUCAUCGACAAAUACAUUUACCAGAAGAUCCACCGAAGAACGGUAGCCGAGGGGAAAUCCCAUGUACCGCCAGAGCACAGGCUGUACUCUUCCAUGAUAGGAAGCGUUGGUAUUCCGAUCGGCCUGUUCUGGUUUGCCUGGACGGCUGACAAAGGAUAUCAUUGGGCAAUCCCUGUGGUUGCUACAAUACCAUUUGCGUGGGGAAAUCUUUGUCUUUUUAUUUCAACUGCCAUGUUCUCUAUUGAUACCUACGGUCCCCAACAUGGUGCGUCUGCCAUAGCAGCCAACGGGAUUGUCAGGUACACUUUGGGUGCCGUCUUCCCCCUCUUUACCAUACAAAUGUAUACCAAUCUUGGCAUAGGUUGGGCUACCAGUCUACUCGGCUUCCUGUCUAUUCUUAUGCUGCCAAUCCCCUUUGUCUUCUUCAAGUGGGGUCCAAAGAUCCGCGAACGCAGCUUUUAUUCCCCUCUCAAAUAA